GCCUCCAAAGCUGUCAAGGAGAGAGGUGUCACGCCAAGAGCGAGGACACGCACGGCCUUGCGCCAGGGCGCAGACGCUUCCGUGAGCGAGGAUGUCGGGUACGACCUGCUCUUCGAGACGGCCUCGGAGGAGUUUUCGGAGCGGUGCGUGGCGGCCUCCAAGCCCUUUCCGGCCUACGCCACCGGGGACUUCGUCAUGCCGAGCAUCGGGCAGUUCGAGAUGGGCGACAGGAAGUUUGUCGGCUUCCUCGACUGCUACGGCAAGAUGCACCGCUUCGACAUCCGGGGCGACAAGGUGUGCGCCACGUACCGGAUGAUGGAGAGCGGCUUUUACAACGAAUCCAGGCAGGCGGGGACCAUCGGUGCAGGGCUGCUCUUCUUCGAGACGGAGCCUCCGCGCGAGACGCCCUGGUACUUGGGCCCAGUAGCAAAUAUGCCGCCCUUCGCGCCCAACGACAACACCUACGUCAAUACAAUCCGCCUUGGAGACGAGAUAUUGUCGCUGACAGACUCCUACGCGAUGCUGGUGGUGGACCCGAAGACGAUGAGGGUGUUGAAAGAAAAAGAGUUCAAGGACGACUUGAAGGGCCUGGUUUGCUACACUGGAUCUGCGCACCCGCUCCGCGACGCCAAGACAGGCGACUGGAUUGACUUCGUCGGCAACGUCAAGAACAUGCUGACCGGGGACACGACUCUGCGGCUCUUCAGGUUGGGAGAGCAGCAGCCUGACUUCCGCCGCAGCAUCGCCGAUCUGGAUUUUGAAACAGCGCCCUACAUGCACUCCUUCGGCCUGACAGAGAACUAUGUCGUCCUGCCUAGGAUGCCCGUCAAGUUCAGCGCCACAGACGUUGCCACGAAGCCCAUGGCUGAUGCCUUCCAGGAACUGGACCUGACAGAGGAGGGGCCCGAGAACGGGUUCCACAUCGUGCCGCUGGACGGCUCCAAGGCGUGGGUGAGGCAGCUGCCUACGGACCAGCCCUUGUGGUACGUACACACUGUCAACGCAUUCGAACGCGAGGGCGCAAUCGUCAUCGAUCUUACAACCUGUCCCAAGAACCCAUUCGCCGCCGACCUUACCUUGGCGGCUUCCAGGGAUAAGGGCACGCGGGACCUCGGGGCUGUCGGUGGCAAGAAUUUGGUGAAACGUUUUGUCAUCCCCUUGAACGACGAUCAGCCUGUGCGCAGCGAGGUAAUCAGCGACCCAGACACCUCGACUGAUUUUCCAUGCGUCAACCCCGGCUUCCGUGCCAAGGAGCACUGUUUUUAUUGGGCCGUGGAGUGGUUCGCGACAUCAAACGCCUACGCAGACAUGGCGAUCGUCAAGCACGACAUUUGUGGUGGUGGUGGAGGGAAGAAACUUGCAUGGCGGCGCGAAAACUGGUACCCGUCCGAGGCGACCAUGGUCCCGUCGGAUAGGGUAGGUGCAGCGGAAGACGAGGGCGUAUUGAUUUUCACCGCUCUGGAAGGUGCAACUGGAAACUCCUACCUCCUCGGAGUGGACGCGCAGACAAUGGAGCUGGUGUCGGAGGCGGGGCCCUUCCCUCGGAUACCGUUCACCACCCACGGCCAAUUCUACCCUGCAGAGGCGUGA